AUGUUUGCGGUGUACACAGUGCCCGAGCUAUUGGAAACAAUGAGUGACAAUACUGCAAGUUCUACCACAGCCAAUGACUUAGACCUCAUCUAUCUCAAAGGCAUUAUGGAGAGUCCUUUGGAGCAAGAAGAAGGCCAAAAGGAAUUACAUCUGUCCCCAGUGCGGGAGAACAAUAUGGAGCUAUUGCAGGAAAUUCUCAGAGAUCUCGACCCUUUCACUCAGAACUCCAAUUCAGCUGCCGAGCUCUGUCACUUACUGACACAGCCACAUUUUCAGUCUUUACUAGAGACUCAUGAUUCAGUUGCAGCCCAGGGGAUCGCAAGCACCCCCGGCAGCCCAUGCCAAUUUAUGACAGAUAACCAUGAUCAAGAUAUAGAGAUGAACAACUACCAGCCCCCACCUGAAGCAAUCCGCAUGGUGGGCAUACGCAAAGUAGAAGGAGAACAUCUGGGUGUGACAUUCAAGGUAGAGGGAGGUGAACUGGUGAUAGCACGCAUUCUCCAUGGAGGGAUGAUAGCUCAGCAAGGAUUGCUGCAUAUCGGUGACAUCAUCAAAGAGGUCAAUGGACGAGACGUGGGGCAAGACCCGAGGGUGCUACAGAAGGAGCUGCAGGCAGCCAGUGGAAGUGUGGUUCUUAAGAUACUACCUAGUUACCAUGAAAGUCUAAUUCCAAGACAGAUGUUCUUUAAGUGCCACUAUGACUAUAACCCAGCCAGUGACAAUCUGAUCCCCUGCAAGGAGGCUGGCUUAAGGUUUAAGGCAGGAGACAUCCUUCAGAUCGUGAACCAGGAUGAUGCAAACUGGUGGCAGGCAAGUCACGUGGAGGGUGGAACUGCAGGACUGAUUCCCAGUCAAAUGCUGGAAGAGAAGAGAAAAGCAUUUGUCAAGAGAGACGUGGCGCUGGUUCCACCAGCAGGAAAUUUGUGCACGGGUGUUGGUGUGAAAAGAAAGAAAAAGAUGAUGUAUGUGACGACAAAAAAUGCAGACUUUGAUAGACAUGAGAUACUGCUCUACGAGGAGGUGGCCAAGGUCCCUCCUUUCAAGCGGAAAACUCUGAUUUUGGUUGGUGCCCAAGGUGUCGGAAGACGCAGACUGAAGAACAUGCUUCUACUGAAGGAUCCCCAUCUAUUUGGAACCACUAUUCCUUAUACCUCCAGAAAGCCCAAAAAAGGGGAAUUCGAGAGCCGGAUGUAUGCCUUUACAAGCCGUAGCAAGAUGGAGGCCGACAUAAAAAAUGGAUUUUAUCUCGAAUAUGGAGAAUAUGAUGGCAAUUUGUAUGGAAUCAAGAUUGAAUCCAUACAUGAGGUUGUGGAAGCAGGGCGAAUUUGCAUUCUGGAUGCCCACCCUCAGUCCCUCAAAGUGCUGAGAACAUCAGAGUUUUUGCCGUAUGUGGUGUUCCUUCAAUCGCCAGACUUUGAGGCUCUCAAGGCAAUGAAUAACUCUGCUGUAGAGGCAGGGGUUUCUACAAAGGUACUUUCGGAUGAAGAUUUGCAGAGAACAUGUGAAGAGAGCGAUAAGAUCGAGGCGGCUUACGGUCAUUACUUUGACUUAACCAUCUUAAACAACAACCUGGAGGAGACCUACUGCGAAGUCAAGGCUGCGCUGGAAACAGUGUCUAAAACCCACCAAUGGGUUCCCGUCACCUGGGUUUUCUAG